AUGACUUAUCACGAUUACUACGAUGGUAGUAAAGUUUUCUUGGGUUUAUCGAACAAAAUUGGUCUUCCAGUUGAUAUAGUAAAUUUUUUGAUCGCACAAGUAGCUGCACUAUGCCUGGCGAGACUGUUUCGAAAACCAAUGAGAUUCGCUUCGCCCGAAUUUCGACAUACUGUGUGCCUUGUUUCAGGUUUAUUAAUUGGGUAUUUCUGUUUCGGAAGACAAUCAAUCCAUUUGCCUAUGAUGCCAAUGAUAACUUAUAUCCUACUUAAAAGUGUUCCCCAUCACAUUAUGGGCAAUGUCACGUUGGCUGUAUCCAUGUUAUAUCUAUCUUGUCUUCAUUUACAUAGACAGAUAUAUCAUACAGGUGAUUACACAUUGGAUAUUACGGGUCCAUUCAUGGUAAUAACUCAAAGAGUGACUUCGCUAGCUUAUUUACUACAAGACAACUUAAGUCGAAAAGAAAUAAAUGCGAAUUCAACUGGAGAGUCAACAAAAGAGCUAGCGAAAAUAGAAAAGAUCCCAACACCGCUUGAGUACUUCGCGUAUACUUUAGCUUUCCAGACAUUGAUGUGUGGGCCGGUCGUAUUUUAUAUUGAUUAUAUUAAUUUCAUCGAAGGUGCCCGCAUUGAUGAGAAUGAAGCCGCUAAAACUGCGAAAGAGCCGUCUCCACGUCGUGCUGUAUUCUACAAAGUGGCUGCAUCUGUGACUGCAGCUGUACUAUAUUUGACUCUUGAAAACAAAUAUCCUCUGACUAUUUUAGAAGAAUUAACUGACCCUGCUUCGGAGGUGUCUCGAACAUGGUCAGCGUUGUACCUCUUGUGGUACGCCUACUUGUCUACGCUAGUAGUGCGCUGCAAAUAUUAUCACGCGUGGCUUCUCUCGGAAGCGAUCUGCAAUAAUUGUGGCAUGGGAUUCAACGGCUAUGAUAACGAUGGCACACCUAAAUGGGAUAAAAUGUCUAACAUCGAUAUGUUCGGUUUCGAGCUGGCACAGAACUUCCGGUCGGCGAUAGCGUCGUGGAACAAGAACACGAACGCGUGGCUGCGCUGCGUAGCGUACGAGCGCGGCUCCGCGGCGUGGCGCACCACGCGCGUGUACGCGCUGUCGGCCGUGUGGCACGGCUUCCACCCCGGGUACUACCUCACCUUCUUCGCUGGCGGUUUGUUCACCGUCGCUGCGAGGAAGGUACGCAAUGUCAUUCGGCCGAUGUUCUUGGGUAGUCCAUUGAAGAAAGUGUUUUACGAUUUCAUAAGCUUCAUAACGACCCGAAUUGCGAUGACAUACGCCACCGUGCCAUUCAUACUACUGCAUUUAAUGCCAAGUCUUGCGUUUUACGGGAAAUUUUAUUAUUCAAUACAUUUUAUUGCAUUGGGCGCAAUGCUGUUACCUGAAAAGUCUAUAAGCGUCUCAAAGUCUAUGAAUACGGAGCUGCCGAAACUGUCUUCCAACACUAGUACAUUAUCUAAUAAACACGUACCAGAAGAAUUUAACGGUAAACUGAAAAUAACAUAA